GUAAGGACACUGAGAAUGUUCCAGUCAAGGGUCAAGGUGGGCAAAGACGUCCCACACAGAGGCGAAAAUGUUCUGAGGUUGGACAAGUUCUGAGUGUUUGAUGGACAGAAAGGUGCUCCUGGAGGUGAAGGAAUGCAGGAGCCAGGUUAUUCAGCGAUAGUUAUGACCUCCCGGUUACGUGCGUUGGGUGGAAGAAUUAAUAACAUACGCACCUCAGAAUUACCCAAAGAGAAAACGCGAUCAGAAGUCAUCUGUAGCGUCCGCUUUUUAGAUGGCUUGGUACAGACCUUUAAAGUUAACAAACAAGAUACUGGUCAAGUUCUCCUGGACAUGGCUUACAGCUACCUGGGUGUGACUGAGAAGGAGUAUUUCGGUUUACAGCACGGUGAUGACUCGCUGGAUUCUCCCAGAUGGCUUGAAGCAAGCAAACCCAUCAGGAAGCAGUUAAAAGGAGGUUUCCCCUGUACCCUGCAUUUUCGAGUAAGAUUUUUUAUACCUGAUCCCAACACACUACAGCAAGAACAAACCAGGCAUUUGUAUUUUUUACAACUGAAGAUGGAUAUUUGUGAAGGAAGGUUAACCUGCCCUCUUAACUCAGCGGUGGUUCUAGCAUCCUAUGCAGUACAAUCUCAUUUUGGAGACUACGAUUCUUCCGUUCAUGCUCCGGGCUAUCUCUCUGACAGUCAGUUCAUACCAGAUCAGAAUGAGGACUUCUUAGCGAAGGUGGAGUCGCUACAUGAGCAGCACAGUGGGCUAAAGCAAUCAGAAGCGGAAUCUUGCUUUAUCAACAUAGCUCGGACCCUCGACUUCUAUGGAGUGGAACUGCACAGCGGUAGGGAUUUGCACAAUUUAGAUCUAAUGAUUGGAAUUGCUUCUGCGGGCAUUGCUGUGUACCGAAAAUACAUUUGCACAAGUUUCUAUCCUUGGGUGAACAUUCUAAAAAUUUCUUUCAAAAGGAAAAAAUUCUUUAUACACCAGCGACAAAAACAGACGGAAUCCAGGGAGCAUAUAGUGGCCUUCAACAUGUUAAAUUACCGAUCUUGCAAAAACUUGUGGAAGUCCUGUGUCGAGCACCAUACAUUCUUUCAGGCAAAGAAGCUGCUACCUCAGGAAAAGAAUGUUCUGUCUCAGUACUGGACUCUGGGCUCUAGGAACCCCAAAAAGUCUGUAAAUAACCAGUAUUGCAAAAAGGUGAUUGGAGGGAUGGUGUGGAACCCAGCCAUGCGGAGAUCUUUAUCGGUGGAACAUUUAGAAACCAAGAGUCUACCUUCCCGGUCUCCUCCUAUUACUCCCAACUGGCGAAGUCCUCGGCUCCGGCACGAGAUCCGAAAGCCACGGCACUCUUCUGCGGACAACCUUGCCAACGAGAUGACAUACAUCACCGAGACCGAAGAUGUGUUCUACACCUACAAGGGCUCCCUGUCCCCUAAAGACAGUGAUUCCGAGGUCUCUCAGAACCGAAGCCCGCACCGAGAAGAAAUGAACUCUGUCCUGGCUUUUGUUUCCGAUGCCUACUGCGUUUACAGUUCUGAAGCAUCGGCUUCUGAGGGCGAGCACCCGCUUGUCUGCCGGAGUAUAUCCGAGAACAGCCCAGCACAAAGCUGCCUGACCCAGAAGUCAUCCAGUUCUGUGUCUCCAUCUUCAAAUGCUCCAGGCUCCUGCUCCCCAGAUGGCGUCGAUCAGCAGUUCCUAGAGGACUUCCACAGGGUGACCACAGGGGGCAUCGCCGAGGACUCCAGCCAGUACUACUGUGACAAGAACGAUGGUGACGGCUACUUAGUCUUGAUCCGCAUCACGCCAGAUGAAGAUGGGAAAUUUGGAUUUAAUCUAAAGGGAGGAGUGGAUCAAAAGAUGCCUCUCGUGGUGUCAAGGAUAAACCCAGAGUCACCUGCAGACACCUGCAUUCCUAAGCUGAACGAAGGGGAUCAAAUCGUGCUAAUCAACGGCCGGGACAUCUCAGAACACACCCAUGACCAAGUGGUAAUGUUCAUCAAAGCCAGCCGGGAGUCGCACACGCGGGAGCUGGCCCUGGUGAUCAGGAGGAAAGCCGUCCAUUCGUUUGCUGAUAUCAAAUCUGAAGAUGAACUGAACCAGCUCUUCCCAGAGGCCAUCUUCCCCGUGUGUCCGGAGGGGGGCGACACGCUGGAGGGGUCCAUGGAGCAGCUAAAGAAGGGCCUCGAAAGCGGGACGGUGCUGAUCCAGUUUGAGCAACUCUAUAGAAAGAAGCCCGGUUUGGCCAUCACGUUUGCAAAGCUGCCUCAAAAUCUAGACAAAAACCGAUAUAAAGAUGUACUGCCUUAUGACACCACCCGGGUAUUGUUGCAGGGAAACGAAGAUUACAUUAAUGCGAGUUAUGUGAAUAUGGAAAUUCCUGCUGCUCACCUUGUGAACAAGUACAUUGCCGCUCAGGGACCCCUGCCACAUACCUGUGCACAGUUUUGGCAAGUGGUCUGGGAUCAGAAGUUAUCACUCAUCGUCAUGUUGACGACUCUGACCGAGCGAGGCCGGACCAAAUGUCACCAGUACUGGCCCGACCCCCCCGACGUCAUGGAACACGGCAGCUUUCACAUCCGCUGUCAGUCAGAGGACUGCACCAUCGCCUACGUGUUCCGGGAAAUGCUGGUCACCAACACCGAGACUGGGGAGGACCACACAGUGACCCAUCUCCAGUACGUGGCCUGGCCAGACCAUGGCGUCCCCGACGACUCCUCAGACUUUUUGGAAUUUGUGAACUACGUGCGAUCCCUGAGAGUGGACGGUGAGCCCGUCCUGGUUCACUGCAGUGCUGGGAUAGGUCGAACCGGUGUGUUGGUCACCAUGGAAACAGCCAUGUGCCUGAUCGAGAGGAACCUGCCUGUUUACCCACUGGAUAUUGUUCGGAAAAUGCGAGACCAGCGCGCCAUGAUGGUGCAGACAUCAAGCCAGUACAAGUUUGUGUGUGAAGCAAUUCUUCGCGUUUAUGAAGAAGGCUUAGUCCAAAUGCUGGAUCCCAGUUAAGACUGCUGUGAAGACGUUCAUUCCCCUUUCCCCAGGGCAUCCUCCUCUCUGGAAGCGGCAAGAGGAACCUGUAGGCUGUGGGAAAGGAGUGAGCACAUUUGACCCAGGCACUUUAAAUUUCUAUUACAAAAAAAAAAAAAGGUAUCGUGUACAUAAGAACUGUGUAGAUAACGCAUGCGGUGAUAGUAUCAUGCAGGCCCGCACCUCCUCUGGAGAGAACCAAGCAGAAGGGGAGCUCAGUUUGGGGCCUGUCCUAAUGCCUUCCUCCCUCUCCAUCUCCAUAUUCCUGUAAACCAUCCUUGGGUAGUUAAGAGAGGACACCAGUCAUGCUGUGGACCUCCCAGAAGCGGAUGGUGUGGCCGUUCAGAGUUACUUGGAUACGUUGUGUGUCUGUGGGUCUAGGACUAAGAGCUGAGCUUUCCGUGGGUCUGGGCGGAGCUGAAACAGUGUUCCCAGCCUCGGUGAUGCUCGGGGGACCCCAUGGAUGUGCUGAGUGGCAGGGGAUGGGGUCUCAGGCAGAGGACAAGCCGUGCCUCUGUGCCCUUGUGCCCUCCCUUCCUUUGUCCAAUCUCCCUGCCACGUCUGCCGUUUGGCGUUUCUGAGAAUCGUGUCCACGUGCCCUGCCUCCUCCCUGCAUUAGUGACCCUCCUCAGGUUCCCACCAGUGCCUGAACCGGACGAGCAGUGCAGGUUUCAGGUGAGUUCUCAGCCGAGACUCUGAGAGUGAGGACUCCCGGUGUCGCCCCGCGUGUGAGCUUUCGGAGCAGGUGCCUCUUGUGUCUGCCUCCCUCCUGCUGCACGCCCAGCGCCCAGGACUGGAAUCAUCCACUACUGAAUCUAAUACAUGGAUUGCUGCUACUUCGAGCUAUUACACUUGAACCAUUACGAUUUUCCUGAGGGGAGAUGGGAUGUCAUCUAAACAUUCAGAAUCUUUGGCCCUUUCGAGGAAAGAUCUAGACAUUGAACCACAGGAAACCCAGCUUCGAGAGGGUUGCCUGUGGAUGUGUAUCUGUGUGUUGUGUUGUGUGUGUGCGCCCACGGGUGAGUGUCUGUCAGGAUUCCUAACUUGAUUCAAAUUACAGUUGAGUUUAUAUAAAGAAUGAGUCUCUGUAUAGAAGAACAAAUGUGUGCAUUCACUCUUAGUUACAAUGGUCUCCAUUUCAUUUCAAAGGAGAGGAUCAGACUAUCUGAAUACAAACACAAUUUGAUGUUAAUUUAUUCUAAGUACACCAAGAUUUUGAUUGUCCUAAAGAAUUCUGCCUUUGUUAAUACUGUGUUAAUUUUUUUUUUAAUUUGUGACAGGAUUGUAGCAAAUUAUUAUUUAAGGAAAAUAAAUUACGUGAAAAUUUGAAUGUGGUAUUUUGAAAUAGUGGUUUUAUGUAUCCAGAAAAAGCAGCUAACUAAGUAUCCAAUUUCUUGACAGGAUUUAUAGAAAAAGGAUGGUUCCAUGUUACAGUGCACUGAUAUGAGGCCGUUUUGAUGUUUAGCAAACUCCAGACCAAUUGAGCAAAAACGUUUCCUGGUCACAAGAUGGGUAAAGACCUUUAUGUAGGGGCCAGGUUUCUAAAGUUCUUUGUCUCCAGACCUAGCAUAUUUCCUGCAUUCUUUCCAUCUUUUCCCCACUGACAUUUUACUGUUAAAUGACAGGGGUUGGGGGAGCUGUUGUACAGUAUCAUAACCCACGCUGGGCAACAGGAGAUGACGAGGCCCCACCUUGUCAGCAUGAUGCCAAGCUAGCUGAGUAUAGUGGCAAGGCUUGGAGCUAAUGGCUGGGGGCUUUAGUUUCUGAUUCCUCUCAACAGCUAGCCCUGGGCCUAGUCACCUGAAAGCGUUACCUCCAUUUUCUCAUCUGUAAAAUAGGCGAACUAAAUAAUACUGAGGACUCUAGGUCAAAUAUGAGGAUUGAAUGAGAUCACACUAUUAAAGUUUUCAUCAGCUGGAAUCUGACACUGCUCUGGAUGCAUUACUUGGAAAAAUUAAUUUUUUAGUGACUAGCCCCUAAACCCAUGAAACAGAAGUAGAAUCACUGAGGUUUUUGUAAGAGGAAAUCGCUUUUAUUCUCAAGAGAACCAAGGGCACAAAGGAAUAUCAUGCAAGUACUUCUAUUCAAUCUGGACUCAGAAAAUUCCAUCAGCCAGCCACCAAAAAAGAGAGACGGCUGAAGUAAAUUGAAAUGCCAUCAGGAUACUGAACAAAUCAUUGCCAUUUGAUAAAAGAGGCAUCACCGCCCUGUGUAUAAAAAGCUUGUGAAGUCUAAAUGAGUUUGGAGAUUUGUGUUUUGUUUGUUUUUUUUUAAAGAAAUGCAUUUUUUAAUAUGGUUGCAGAAAUGCUGCCAUUAUUUUACAUCGAUUACCCAAAAAUUUACCAAAGAUUGCCACCAGCCUUUUUCCGCCACUGUGCAGGCCAGUAGUUCAGACUCAGCAGAUGUCACCCGGAACAAAAUCCAUGCAAUCCUGGGGAAGAACAAGACAAGAGAAUUAUCAAAAGGAGUAAAACGUGCAAGUAGAUACUAUAGAUGCUACUGAUCAUCAAAUUGGGAAGUUCAGGAUUUCUGCUUCACCACCUUAUAUACUUAUGCAAUUGGACCUAAGAAGCCCUUAUUAGCUGUAAGUGAAGAACUUCAUCAAAAUCAGGAUAGAUAGUUUGCCUGGGAAAUUGUAGUAUGCAUGGAGAAGACAUUUACAUCCUGCAUUCUGGCGCUCUCAGAAGAUCUAAUUAGACAUCAGUGUGCAGACGUAAGAUGAGAGGUCUCUCUUGGUGUCACUCCUUAGAACCUGCACUUGAUGUUGUUUGACUUUCCAGAAGAAAAGAUUCAACUCAGUUCAGUUGGGGCAGGAGGGUUAGAGAAGAAACUUGGGCUGGUCUUCAGUUCCUACCACAGUAAUUUCAUUUUUCACUUUGCUUUGAGACAAGCACAGAGGCUGUUGCUGCAGUUGCUGGUUGACGUUUUUUUGUUUCUCAUACAAGUUAUCUUAGAACCAGAGGCAUCGAAGAGGCAGCGUCAAUGGGGAGAGGCAGUUAGAGGCAGGAUGUGGGUCCAGACUAGACUUAGACAAGAUAUGUCACCCUUGGCCCUCACUUUCCUCAUCAGUGAAAGGGAGGUUGCGCUGGACUAGAUGAGCCCUCUGGUUCUUUUCAACGUCUACCAUUCUGGGAGUCUGUGUUCCAGAGAAUUGAGAUUAAUCCUAAGCCCAAGCCUCCAGUAAGCUACUAGAGAGAGAUGUAUCAUGUUUCUAGAAUUUGUCUCCAAAAGCUGGUCCCUCAGUUCUUGGCAAAGACUCUGACCUUAGUCUGAGGAACCAAGCAGGGGUGGGGGGGUCUGAUGGUCAGACUGUCCAGCAUCUCUUAUAACUCACGUUCCACCUGGAACAACCAAGGGAUUUGUGUUAAGUCGUGUCGUUUUGAAAAGUAUCUUAAUUGAUCAGCGAUAUUUUGUCUGUAAAUUUGGAAUGUUUUUCAUUCUGGCCUGUUCUUACAGUGACUCUGCUGAAAUACAAUUUGAUCA